AAGCGUGGCACAAUAACAGACGGCAGUCUGUGGCACGACGUCGGAACGUUCGCACGCUCUCCCUGGAAGUUGUUGAACCGGGCGCGAAGUUCUACUAUACUGAAUCAUUCUGAGUACAAAACACGUGUGUGAAUAACUGUUAUCCUCACCACAAGAAAGGACUGGUGAACUGGUGUAAAUUGUGGUCACCGCAAGGAAGUACAAACAAGAUUUAGUGGUUUCUGUGUGUUACGUUCCAGUGUGACAGAGAAGCUGAAUCCUGGGAUAAAACAUUCUUACAAGGAUACUAAAUCAACAAAAACAACAACAACAAGAAAAACACAUAGCAUCGGGCAUCGAGUCGGUGUGAAAAAGACAAACUCAAAAUUCUCUCAACUGUAGGAAGUAAACAGAUGAAUGUUUUUACAAACGUGCGCCCUGGCUCUCCCAUCGUACAUUAGAUUUUUCGUUUUAUUAUUAUCAUCGUUCAGCAUACAAUGACUGCAAAGAAGGAUAAAGACUACAAGGGGCACAAACACGGAAGCGAACUCAGUGCAACAGCCUUAUCUUCAAAGUUAGACGGUCACCUUCAAAACGGUAACUCAUCCGCAAGCAUCAUCACAUCUCAGGACCCGCUCAAGCGCACAAACAAACCACUCAUGGAGAAACGCAGACGAGCACGCAUCAAUCAAAGUCUUGCCAUCCUUAAAGCGCUCAUACUGGAAUCAACGGUGAAGACCAAAACCGGCGAUGGCCAAACAAAACAUUCCAAGCUGGAGAAAGCCGAUAUCCUGGAGUUAACCGUGCGACAUUUUCAACGUCAUCGAAAUCUGGACAAUCCUGCUGUGGAUAAGUAUCGUGCAGGAUACACAGAUUGUGCUAGGGAAGUGGCCAGAUAUUUAGCAACUCCAGAGCCACCUCCAUUACCCAGUGUACCGACUCUGACCGAUGCCGGUUCGAAAGCGCGAUUAUUACGUCACCUAGAUAACUGUAUUGCUGAAAUUGAUACUGAGAUUUGCCCAAACAUUCUACCCAAUGGCAAAGUUUCGGAUGUUACCAAAGUCGAGAACAUUUAUGAGAAUCAUAAUGUGUUGAAAAAAACAAAAGACAUACUGGAUUACAGUGGACAAGAUUCAAAUCCGUUGGACUUCAGUAAAACCAAUCGAGAGAUCGGAAGAUCACCAUUUGCCUACCGAAGCCCAACAGCGGAUCUUGCACUACUGACACCAACACCUAAAGUACAUAAUCAGGAUGAAAACAAUAAUCGUGGAAGCCACAGAAAAAGCUUACACUCCCCUCAACCUAUGGUACCUCAUCAUCUAGAUGAUGCAGGUCAUGGAACUGAUUUAGUUGCACAACCAGGAACCAGUUCGAGUCUUUCACCGUUCUCUAGUCACGUAUCUUUAAAUAAAAUGAUCAUGAACCAACAACAAAAACUCAUCGAUAUGUCGAGUUUGAAGAGGAUGGAUCCGGCAUCCAUCAAACAAGAACCAGGUACUUUACCGAAUGGCUUCACCUCUAAUUCUCCUGCUAUACCAUCCCCAACGCCAUCAACUGGAAAUAUGGAAUCGGAUAAGGAGAUCUCCAAUCACUCGGAACAUGUUCCUGCACUACCCUACCCUCCGCAAGUACGAAUAAACGAGAGUCAAAUGGCACUGCUGAUUCCGGACCACUAUAUCCAACUGGCAACUGCUCUCGGUUUGAAUACCCAGCCGAUGAUAGAACAUCCGAACGCCCAUUCUGCAACGGAUUUUGAAACAUUGAUCGAACAAAACCGACGACAGUCGGCCCUGCAUGAGAAAAUGACGGCCGACAUACUUGCAAAUCUUCACACACUUCCGGAGAACGUCGACGAAAACUACUGGGAAUUGUAUAAGAAAUCUCUGGGAAUUCCCGACUCUAUCAGCAAAAUGACCCUAGAAGACGUUCGAGCAUUAAUGGCAAGAUCGACUCACAAAACAUCCACUCCACCUCCAGCAGUCAGUAAAAUGGAGGUCGACGAGAUGAUAGAGAGAAAACCGGAUCCGGUUGCCGAUAUCGAAGAUGCAGAAAAUGAUUUGUCCAACCACAGUGUUAAAAAAGAAUUAAUUCACGGCAGUCCAAUUGCUUCUACCUCGCGCGAUACGCUGGAAGAGAAGCAUAGACAGCAUACGGAACCAGCUGUAGCUCCUGGAAAUUCAUAUGAAAACAUAUCCUCCAAUGAGGAAACUUCACAUGAACAUCAUAACGACGGAUCUAGCGAUGACAGCAUGUGGCGACCUUGGUAGAGUGCAAAUUAAACGGUAGUAAAUUGUAAAUAUAAUCUUAAUAUGUGCAAUAUUUUGACAAGUCGACUUAGCAUGUAGAGACGCGGCAACCUCAAAGCUUUACACACCCUUAAUCAUCGGUAUCAUACUUAAAUCAUAGAACACGCGAGUCGAUUACAUGCUAUAUUGUAGACGUGUGCCAAUUCGUAACAUGCAUAACAUUUCCACCAGUGGCAUAGAAGAGUGUGAAUAGCCAUGCUUGUAGGAUCUCCAACAUUGCUUUUAGAAAACUCAUUUGAUUCAUACCAUAAGCUUCGAUUACAAUUAACAUGUAGAAGACUUCAAAGAAGAUAUUAAAACAAACGAGAACAGUGUAAUCUUGAAUUAAACUCUACACGUCACCAAACCAAAAACCGCAAACGUUCACAUCAAUUUAAAAUUGAUAUAGGUUCACAAAUAUUGUUGUUUAAUGUGUCAGAAAUAGUACCUUCAGCGGCUAACGAUUGAAAAUACUAUAAACAUAAACACAGCAAUUCUUCGCAAAGCGCUAAAUGGUCGAGUGAAAAAUAAAAGCAUGCGGAAAAAUGUUGAA